AUUAAUCAAUUUCUCAUGCCUCUCAGUGGGUCUGCUGUUGGUGUGUGUGAUUCAGAUUAGCUGUUAGCUUGCAGAGAUGACUGCGGACAAGCAGAUCGAGACUAAACUCUCUCCUACGGAAGAAAAUAAAGAGAAUGUACAGGAAGGAUGGCUGGGUUUGGAAAUUCUUCAAAUCAUCAAGGAGUCCCAGCAGCAACAUGGCCUCAGGCACGGAGACUACCAAAGAUACAGGGGCUACUGCUCUCGUAGGCUGCGCCGCCUCCGAAAGACUCUUGGCUUCAAGAUGGGAAACAGACACAAGUUUGUUGGAAAGAAAAUCACAGUGGAAAUCCUUUCUGACAGCAGGUAUCUGCUGCUCGUCCUGAUGGAGGCGGAGCGUGCGUGGAGCUACGCCAUGCAGCUGAAGCAGGAGGCCAACACGGAGCCCAGGAAGAAGUUCCACCUGCUCGCUCGUUUACGUAAAGCCGCCAAGCACAGCGAGAAGCUGGAGAAGCUCUGCGAGAGCCCCCGUGUCGACGCCAAGACCAAACUGGAAGCACAGGCUUACACUGCGUACCUGACAGGGAUGGUUCACUUUGAGCUGCAGGAGUGGAAACUUGCAAUGGAGGCAUUCAACAAGUGCAAGACCAUUUAUGAGAAACUGGCCAGCGCCUUCACCGAGGAGAUGGCUGUUCUGUAUCGCCAGCGUGUGGAUGAGAUUUCGCCCAACAUCCGCUAUUGUGCUUACAACAUAGGUGACCAGAAUGCCAUCAAUGACCUGAUGCAGAUGAGGCUGACCGGCGGAGGAGGGGGCAUGAUGGCUGAAAAGCUGGAGGCUCUGAUCACUCAAGCCAGAACCAAGCAGGCGGCCACGAUGAGCGAGGUGGAGUGGCGAGGCCGGAGCGUUCCUGUCAAGAUCGACAAGGCUCGGAUAUUCCUCCUGGGUCUGGCGGACAACGAGGCCGCCAUCGCUCAGGCCGUCAACGAGGAGACCAAAGAGCAUCUGUACGAGACGCUGCUGGCCGAGUGCAGAGACACCAUCCAGGCCGUGAGGGAGGAACUGAAGAACGAGGCGAAACAGCGAGAGAGGAGCUCCGAUAAUGAAAGUGGGAAAGUGUCCAACCUUCAGUUCCUGCACAGUUAUCUGACCUACAUCAAGCUGUGCACACUGGUGAAGAGAAACGAGAGCAUGGCCCACACUCUGCAGGCUAAACUGAAGGAAACCGGCGCCGACGAGAACAAGAGGGGCCCCCGACCACAAGACCUCAUCCGACUCUACGACAUCAUCCUGCAGAGUCUGGCUGAGCUCUCCACCCUGCAGGGUCUGGAGGACGACCACACCUUCCAGAAGGAAGUCUCCCUCAAGACUUUGGUCUACAAGGCCUACAGAUGCUUCUUCAUCGCUCAGUCUUACGUUUUGGUGAAGAAGUGGAGCGAGGCGCUGGUUCUGUACGAGAGAGUCCUGAAAUAUGCCAAGGAGGUCCAGUCAAAGUCCAAGAGUCUCAACAACAGCCUCAAGGAUCUCCCUGACAUCCAGGAGCUCAUCGCCGAGGUCAACGCUGAGAAAUACUCACUGCAAGCUGCUGCCAUUCUGGACACUGAUGAAGCACCUGAAGUGAGCACUCAGCAGCAGGUGAAGGAUAACACGCCUCUGUGUGAACACCUGGACAACUUCCACCUGGACAAGACUCUGGUUGGGAAGCAUCCCAACCUGGUCCAGUUCCCGCCGGAGUUCCAGCCCAUCCCCUGUAAGCCUCUGUUCUUCGACCUCGCCCUCAACCACGUGGCCUUCCCACCGCUGGAUGACAAGGUGGAGCAAAAGGGCAAAGGCGGCCUGACCGGCUACAUCAAGGGCAUAUUUGGCUUUGGCAGCUAAGCCGAAGAGCCGAAGGCGAUGGGGCUCCAGGUCGAUCAAAAAAACGUGCCUAUUUUUCCCAAAUUGGUGGAAUCUGCAGAGCGAAUCCGACCUUCAAACUGAGAUUAUAGAUGAGCUUCAAGUAGCAAUGUCACCCCAUGUUCAGCUGGAUUCUGUAAAACCGGAUAGUUCCAGACAUUAGUGUCUGAAUAUUCACAAAUCCAACAGGUGACUCUCAAAAUGAUCUUCAUUUCUAUUGUUUCUGUAAUGGAAAAGCCAGGAUGUACUGAUGUUCAUACCUGAAGCUUAGAAAAGAGUUAUUUGAUAGAUCUGAAACUGGCCAAUUCAUUUAACUCUAAUUAUCUGUUUGCUCUUGGAUAAAUUGGACCCAUUAGAUCAAGAAAUAUGAUUCAGAACCAGUCGGAUAUCUCCCAUAAGCCCUAUAGUGGAGAUAUUUAAUGAAUACGUUCAGUAUUGAGUUAUUGAAUAUGAACGGGUGUUUUCAGUUUUUAACUUUCUCCUGAUUUCCAUACUUCAGUUCGUUCAUAUUGGUGAUAUGAGAGCUAAUCGAUAAAACUAAGUAAAAACUAUUUCUACCAUAUAUUAAAAGGAAAAUUUCACCUUUGCUUUUUGAUUUUCUUUGGAUAUUUUCCCAGAUUGUUGUAAUUCAAACCUUUCAGGCCCAGUUAGGUUUAUGCAGCGGACUCCCAAGUUUUAUUAUUGUUAUAAAUUUACUUCAGAUGAGACUGAAUCGCCCUGAUCAUAUUUUCAGCUUGGACGCUCCUGCUGGAGUUUUGUUUCUGCCUUCAGCAGACAUUAAGCCAUCCGGAAGGUUUUAGCAGCCUUUCCAUCAUCACACCACCACGCCUCAUAGUAUAAAUGUUUUUACUACAUGAAUAGCAUGUCUGGAAGUUCAGCAUUGUUACAACAUCUGUUGCUACCCAUUGUUUUGUAGUAAAGAGCAGUUUUUCCUCUAAACCGAACCGGCUGACUUCCUCUCCUCCUUUCUGGACCUGAUUUCCUUGUGAUAAACUUCGCAGAUGAGUUUUUUAAUGACCCUCA